AUGCCUGCCGCUUGUUCAUCAGAUGGCCAUCUGAUGAACGUUUUGGAGCGUCCACAAGCGUGUGGAUGUACUACGAGUGAGUGCGAUGGCCUCACUUGUGGUACGGUCGUUAGUACGACUGCACAAAACCUUAGUGUACCAAACGGUUACACUUCGGAGCAAAGUUCCGGCGGCUGUGAGGAAACACAGGCUGCGCCGAAGGUCCACCACUCGAAGAAGUCGGGUGGACUGGGACAAAGAUGUAUCCCUAGCGGGGAACAUCUAGAAGAGAAACAAUCGAUCGCUCAGGUUAAGCGAAACGAUAAACCUAGAUCGACUGGAGAGUCUUUCGUAGAGGAUCUCGCUGUGGUUGCGCAACCCCAGCUAGAGGAAGUAAAGGGAAUAAGUCCCAAGAUUACAAAUACGGCGGAAAUAAGUUCCCCGAAACCCGCGGGAAUAAGUCCCCGGGAAGACGAAGGAAUAAGUCCUUCGAAGCCUGAGGGAAUAAGUCCCCAGGGAAUGACAGAGACAUUGAAUGUCAUAGUCAAUAACGGAUCAAGUGUAGGCGCUUAUACACUUGAUCUGAUUGCGCCUCCGAAGUUGACUUCGGAGAUCACUCAGUUGCCAACGCUCGAACAUAAAAGGUUCUUGCGUGAUCUGCGUAGUGGCAAAUUCAAGCAGAUCUGCGUACUCGUCGCUGACGACGAGUGUGUAACCGACAUAAGGUCAGCAACAGUGCUUACUGAGAACGAGAGAGUUCUCAGUAGUUCAUCUAUGGACGAGAGUGUCCUAGAUGAAAAGACACGAAUUGAGCGAUAUGACUCCCAAUCAUGGGAAUCGCUCAAGAAAAAUCCUCUCUAUGAAGAUUUGGUUGAAUUCAAGGAUGUAUUCCCUGAAACUGUUCCGUGCGAAUUACCGAAGGAUAAAGGUAUUCGACACGAGGUCGAGCUUAAACCAGGCUCGAAGUACUGUGUCAUGAAGCAGUGGCCACUGCCUCGUGAACAAGUACUUGCGAUCGACAAGUUCUUUGCCGAUCGUUUAGCUGCGGGCCAUGUGAGGGAAUCAACUUCCCCACAUAGCUCUCCGACCUUCUGUGUGCGAAAAGCAACAGGAGGGUGGCGGAUAGUGCACGCGUUCAACAAAUUGAACGCUGCAACGGUACCGGCUCAGACGCCGAUACCGAGGAAGGACGUAAUCAUUGAUGGUAUUUCAAAGAGUACCAUCUUUUCGUCCAUGGAUUUGAUGGAUGGCUUCUAUCAAAUCCUUAUGCGGGAACGAAAUAUACCCUAUACCGCAGUUAGCACGCCUAGCGGCAUGCUCUGGGAAUGGCUAGUAAUGCCACAAGGGCUCAUUAAUGCCCCUGCCACGUUCAACAGAUGUGUAUACACAUCUGUUGAGACCAGUACGAGAAUUCGCGCCGAGUUAUUUCGAUGA